UUGAUGAUUUUUUACAGAGUCGGUUUGAGGUCUUGUCUACAGAUCUAACGGCUUCGGUGCUGUUCGUUUCUCCAUUCAGAUGGAUCAUCUGAAUGGAGAUGAGUUAUGAUGUUCGUUUAUAACAAUUUUACAGAGCAGUGAGAUGAACCAGUUGGAUGAUUUUUAUCAAACUCAUCCAAAAAAUGAUCAUUUUCCGACUGAGUCUGAUCGGAGCAGUUGACUGGAGGUGAGAAGAGAAACGAGAUCCUUCGCACCGAAGCUGGAUCUCUCCGCCGGAUCUCUCGCCGGAAUCCACUCGUCUUUGAUCUUCUCACUCCACUCCACUCCUCUUUGAUCUCUCCGCCGGCUGUCUUCUUCUCUCUCGUGCGUGGGUUUAGGUGUUACGAUUGAAUUAGCUGCGACCAUUGUUUGAGAGUCAUUGAAAUCUCGAAGUGGGUUUCAGGUGUUACGGAUUGAAAUCGCUGCAACCACUGUUUGAGAGAUUUCGAUUUGGAACCCUAAAAAGUUUCAAAGACUUCACCGAUCCACUUCUCGAAGAAACUCGAAUCCGUAGACAUUUCUGUGAUUGUGAAUUCUUUUUUCAUCGAGAAAUUGCUUUCUAGUUUGUGAUGGGUGGUCUGUCUAUGGAGGAAUUGCCUUUAUCAGCGUUGUUCGAGCAAGCAAGGAAAAUUCAUCUCGCGGCUUCAGAGUCUGGUACCGAUCAGGAUGUUGUGAAGAAAGGAUGUGAGAUGUUUCAGAAAUGCGAAGACAUGAUCGGAAAAUUGGGCUUGUUCUCUUCUAACGAGACUAAAGAAGAUAUCAGCACGAACAAUCUCAAGUACCUUUUGGUGCCUUAUUAUCUUGCGGAGUUGACGGAGAAAAUCAUACAGGAGGACCGUAUUCAGAUUGUCAAGGCCUCAUAUGCAAAGUUGAAGGAGUUCUUUUCGUUCUGUGAGGCAAUGGAACUUGUUCCAGAUGAGGAGUUGGAGGCUUCUUCACGAAGUUCUGGUGCACCUGCAGAUCGAAGGGCUUUGAAGAUAGCUCGCUUCAAACGUCAAAAGGCUGCAGAGGCAAAGCUUCUUGAAAUUAAAGAGAGAAAGGAGCGACGUGGACGUUCCACUAAAGCAUCAGCUUUGUCGACUCCGGUUGAAUCUGGAGAAGAAGAUAUUCCAGAUGAUGACAGCGAAGAAGAGAGAGAGGCCUGGCUCUCCUCAAUUAACUUGGCUAUUUGUAAGGCUAUUGAUCUGUUGGAAAUGCUAAAGAGAGAAGAGGAAAUGCUCUCUGCAAUAAAGGAAAGACAGUUGAAGGAUGGAGAGGAUGGGUUCUCUCGGGAUGCUCUUGAUGAUCGUACAAAGAAAGCUGAAACCUGGCACAGAGACGCUGCUGCAAGGAUACAGUACUCUAAACCGGCACAACCAAUCACUUGUGCCACAUUUGCACAAGAUGUGUUAGAAGGAAGAGCUUCUGUAUCACAAGGUCACGACCACAAGAACCAACCUCUUAUAUUCGGUCCAGCAAGCAUCGUGGGUGGACCGCUCUCUACCGAGAGAGAGAGGAUGAUAGCUCAGGUUUUCCAACCAAGUCACAGGAUGCCAACAAUGUGCAUAGAGGAUGCUGGGUUAACAGAGAUGAACAUAAUGAAUGAUUGGCAAGAGCAGACGAAAAAAGCCAUUGAAGAAGCAACGACCUCAUGGUACAAUGAUAAACCUCUGAGAAGAAAAGAAGAAGACGAGGAAGAUGAUGAUGAAGACGAAGAAGCUGUAAUGAAAGCUAGAGCUUUCGAUGACUGGAAGGACGAUAAUCCUCGUGGUGCAGGUAACAAGAAACUCACACCUUGUGGCUGAGACUGAGACAGAGAGACACAUAUUUAACACUUUCUCCCUUGUUUCUUAUUUCCAAAACCUCCUCUUUCACUUUUGAUGUCUGUAAUGUAAUAUCAUCUUUCUACUCUUAAGCCUUAAGACUGUUACAGAUUUACAGCAUAAAAUUAACUACUAGUAGAUUCACUUUCAUUUUGGUAUAUUUCUUUGAAAUAUUAUUUUUAAA